UGGGCGCCCUUUGCUUCCAAAAGGGACUGGUGUAUUGCUAAGUGGGCGAUCGAGGAAGGAAUAGGGAAUGGGAAAUUAGACCGUCUCUUAGAGAUAGAAGGCGUUGUUGAGAGCUUAGGGCUAUCUUUCCGAAAUGCUGCUGGUCUACAUAAGCACGUUGAUUCCAUGCCUAGUGAGGCACCGUGGUCGACUCGCGAUAUUGUCUUCUCUGAUCAGCCGAACGAUCACUACACCGUGCAAUACAGAGACGUCAUCGACGGUGUCAAAGCCCUCCUUGGUGACCCGUCCCUAGCAGACAAGCUUGUCUAUCGCCCAAAGCGUGUUUUU